GGCUCGCCGUCGGCGGGCGGCGCGGAGCUGAGCUGGCUGAGCCUGGCGAGCCAGGAGGAGCUGCUGAAGCUGGUGCGGCCGCCCUACUCCUACUCGGCGCUGAUCGCCAUGGCCAUCCAGAGUGCCCCCGAGAGGAAGCUCACCCUCAGCCACAUCUACCAGUACGUGGCCGAGAACUUCCCUUUCUACAAGCGCAGCAAGGCUGGCUGGCAGAAUAGCAUCCGCCACAACCUCAGCCUCAACGACUGCUUCCGCAAGGUGCCCCGUGACGAGGACGACCCCGGAAAAGGAAACUACUGGACCUUAGAUCCCAACUGUGAGAAGAUGUUUGACAACGGGAACUUCCGGCGCAAGCGCAAGCGACGCUCAGAGCCCAACACCCCCGCGACCACAGCUGCGGCCUCCUCGCUUGGGGGCCUGAAGGCAGAAGAAGAGCGACCCAUCCCAGCCGCAGGCAAACCUUGUGGAAACAGCCCACCCCCAGAGCUGGACCCAUCGCCUUCUGCCAGGGACCAUCCCAAAAGCUCCUCUCCCUCCGGUAUCAUUUCAUCCACCCCGAGCUGCCUCAGCACCUUCUUCAGCGGCAUGAGCUCACUGAGCGGCGGGGGCAGCCGGCUGACGGGAGGGCUCAGCACUGACCUGCAUCACAGGAACUUCUCUGCUGGACAGCUGAGCAGCGGCACUUUCACCCCUUCCAGCAGCUCAUCUCAGGAGGUGCCUUCACCAGAACAGCUGCAGCGAGUGGCGGGACCUUCCCCUGCCUACUACAGCUCCUUCCAUCCCAGCAGCGGCAGCCAGGGUGCCCAGUACAACCACUACUACAACUUCACAGUCAACAGCCUCAUCUACACCCGGGAUGGAACGGAGGUGUAGGAUGCCGGGGCUGUGCUGCAAAGGGAAUGGGAGGUGCAGGUGUGUGCGUGGCAGCAUGGAGGACCGCAUGCUUUUGCAAACAGCAUUUCAAUGUGGACGCUUCCCAGGAGUUCAUCCAGGAAGACAGAUCUUCUCACCUUUCCAAGCAAAAACACCCCACAAACACCAGCAGAAGACAGAUGCAAAAUCUUUUCCCCGUCCUGGAAAAUGUUAGGUGCUUUGGGUCCGUUCUGCAGAUGAAAGUGAACUGAAUUAACAUUUUCAGAAGUUUUUAAUCUUGAAUGUAGAAUAAGAAGUUGAAAAAACUGUAAUCAUAAAAUGUUAUGUCAGCAAGAACCGUGCGUAGAUGUGAGUCUUAGAAGAGAACAGGAAAAAAAAUAAUGAAGAGAUUUCCUAUGAAGUGCCUUGUACAAUGUAUUAAAAACUCUUCUGCCAGCGAUUGCCUCUGUCAGCCCUUCCUGCCCUGGUCCUGCAAUAUGUGAUGCACAGGGAGGGGAUAGGUUGGGAAAACAGCUGCCCAAAAUCUCCUCAAGCUCCCCAAGAGGUUUGCUCUGCCAUCCCAUGUAUGUCACGUUGUGCAGCUAGGGCCGUGUUUUGUACAGCCAUCUUUUCCCCUGAGCUUAGUACCAAAGAUAACUCUAGCCUUGCAGCUUUAGCACGAGAAUAAACACUGGGGUAUUUUUAUACAUAUUUGUAUGUAAUGUAACUCUCCUGUACAUAUGUUUCUAUGUGGUUUUAUAUUUGUAAAUUAUGCUCUGGAGCUGUACUUAUUUAUAAUGUUUUCAACUUGGUUAAAGUUUAUUUUACUCCAUUUCCCCCUUCUUUUUUUUUUUGUUGU